AUGAGCUCUACCAGGUCCUGCCGCUUCUGCGGCAGCGAAGAGCUUGAGCGCAGCGAACACAAGGGGGAGCUGACCUGCUGCAGGUGUGGGGCCGUGCUGGAGGAGAGCGGCAUAGUGGAGGGGCUGCAGUUCACAGAGGCAGCAGGAGGAGGCAUGUCCUUGGGUCAGUGUGCGGUCUCUCGGACAGGUACGAAGCUGCUGCUGCAUUUGCUGCAGCAUUUGCUGCUGCAGCUUUUCUUUGGGGGUUAUCUCUGCCUGACUACUGCUAAGGCUGCUGUCACCGUUCUCCCCGCAGCAGCAGCAGCAAGUGCAGCAGCAGAAAGUGCUGCAGCAGCAGUAGCAGGCUUCACUGUGGUGUUUAUGAAGUUGCUGCGGGUGCUGCACGUGCAAGUCCCUCACGUAGACCCGUCUCUCUUCUUAGAGAGGUUUGCUGCUCAGCUGCAACUCGGAGACAAAACUCAGCAGGUCGCGCAGACUGCAGUUAGGCUAGUACAGGCUAUGAAGAGAGACUGGAUAGCAACAGGAAGGAGACCGAUGGGUCUCUGUGGGGCAGCUCUUUUGAUUGCUGCGCGAUAUCACGACGUGCAGAUUGAGGCAGAGGAUGUUGCAGUUGUGUCGGUCGCUCAGCUUCCUGCUGCUGCACUUGCGGAGACAGAUUUGCUGCAGCUACCUGCGCUGUCUCUGCCACCCUGCCGCCUCACAAAAAGGAGACAGCAGCAGCAGCAGCAGCAGCAGAUACAAGACGCCUUACCUUUUGUCUCCUUUUGUCUCCUUUUGUCUCCUUUUGUCUCCUUUUGCUGCCAUACUCCUCGCGUCUUUGCUUCUCUACCGACUGUCUCUCUUAUAGUUUUUGUCUCCUGGAGUGGGGGCUGCCUUCUGUGUGCAGCAGCUGCAACCGCAGACGCAGGAGAAGACGCAGCAGCAGCAGGAGCAGCAGCAGGAGCGUCUCCAGCAGCAGCAGCAGCAGCAGAAGGAGCUGCAAUUGCUGCUGGGGGAGAGGAGACACAAGGGCCUAAUAAAGAAAAGGAGACAGAGAGGAGACAGCUGUCUCUCUCUGCUGGCAGCGAUGCUCUCUGCAAUGAACGUCCCUCUUCAGGAGACAUUUUGUCUGUAGCAGGUUGGAUAGUGCAGACAAUCAGCUCCUCGGCCCCCCCAGAAGAAGCAGCAGCAGCAGCAGCAGCAGCAACAGCAGCAGCAGCAGCAGAUGGCGCUGCUGCAGGAGGUGCAGCAGCAGCAGAUCCAACAGACAAAGCAGCAGCAGCUGCAAGAAGCCAAAGCGCAAAAGGAGACACCAGAGACGGAGACUCUGCUGCAUCGGGAGACACACGGGCGGGCUUAGAGACAGCAGCAGCAACAGCAGCAGCAGCAGAGGGGGAACACGAGGAGACAGUGCGACUCACAGAAAGCGAAAACCCUCUCGCCGACCUCCUUAGAUCUGUUAGGGCUCGGGCUGAUGAGUUGCUGCCUCCGGCGGAGACCCAAGGUCUCGCAGCAGCUGCAGACAGCGGGGAAUCCCCGUGUGCAGCAGCAGCAGCAGCAGGUUCAGCAGCAGGUGCAGGUGCAGCAAGGCCUGCUGCUGCUGCUGCUGCUGCUGCUGCUGCUGAGGGGCAGCGGGGUGCUGCUGAAGGAGAAGAAGAUGACGAGGAGUCUGAUGGGGCUCUUGAAGAUAUGCUUUUAAAUGAAGAAGAAAGAGAGGCAAAGGCACUCAUAUGGGAUGAUUUAACCCGCGAUAUUAUGCCUGAAGUAAAUCGCCGUAUGCGGCAGCGGAAGCAAAACGAGAGAGAGCAGCAGCAGAAUCCAAACAAGAGGUGCCUCUCCUUUGCUGCUGUUUUGUGUCUCUUUGUCUCCUUUUUGCAUUGUCUCCUCUAG